GCGUAACGAUAGCAGCCAAAUCCGAGUGCUGCAAUCGUGGUUAAAACCCAACCAAAAACAACAAUAUCAAACCCAAGAAAAUACCAAAAAAAGAGACGAAAUUCUUACCGCAAGUUGCCGGUAAAGUGUGUGAAUAAACAAGACGGAAAUACAAUUAUUUGUGAGCAAGGAAAAUAAAAAAAAACAGAAAGUGUUUUCCCAGUGCAAAGUGUGAAACCUAAACAAACUUUAUAAUUGGUGAAUUAAUAAAUGGAAGCCCAAGAAACGAGGCGGACUACUUUUUAAUGGAAGCCUCCGGAACACCAGUAAUAACCAACCCGAGGGAAUCAGCCUCAUCGGCGACAUGAUCCCCGCAAUGUCCACGUAAUGAAAACGAAACUGAAAAAGUUGUCGUGCCGUUGCUGAGCGGAAAAGCAGCCCAGGAAAAAACCAAAAAAUAACAAACAAAAAUUGGGAGCGGAAAAUGAAGUCUGUCAUUCUAUAUCCAUAUGGACCGCUAACCGGCGGCACACGUUGCUGUCGCAUGUUGCAUGCCAAAAAUUUGGCCAUAACAAGUGCAAUUUACACAAUUAAUAUAUCGCUUUUAAUCGUGCUGAUCUACUCGUGGCGCAUAAAUGUCAAUAUGCACAAGUCUGCCGACCUGCAGGAUGUAUACUACGGUGUACAAAUAGCAUAUUUUGCUAUAAUCGGCACACAAAUGUCCAUGAUAUUGCUGAGCAUUGUGUUAAUAUUUGGAAUAUGUCGGGAAAACCCUGGACUAAUUGUACCCUGGAUAAUUGGCUAUAUAACAUUUAUGGCCCUGGAAGCUGUCGCCAUGGUCUACUCCAAUGUUCUGCGCGAUCAUGUAAAUAAGCAAUUUGAUGCCAUGUGCAAGGCCGAGGUGGCUUUCUUUAUUGCUCGAGCCCUAAUUAACGUGCUGGCCAUGUGGGGAGUGCUCCGCUUCUACAACUUGGUUCGCUCUGGAAUUACAUGGCGAGGACCAGAGGCCAAGACCGCCAUUUUUGCGCCAAUGUACAAGAGUGUUAGUACAAAUAAGUCGCACACAUACACGUACACCAAGCGGUCAAGGCGUCGCCAUAGCAUUGAGGCAACUUCCGGCGGAUGUUGCGCCAUCUUCGAUUUCGAUUUCGAGUAUGACGAUGAUAACGAAGAUGAUGACGACGACGAUGAGGCGGCCUACGGCCUGGAUACGGAGGAUGAAGUGAGCUACGACUACGAUGAUUACUACGAUUACUACGACGAUGACGAGCUAGCGGAGCAGCAGCAAUUGGGGCUGCAGCAGGACGAUGCGGAUUGUAGUAUGUUGGGGGCCAGUAAGGCAACUAGAUCGCGAUCCAAGCCACGAUCCGCAGUGAUGAAGGUCAAGGGUCAGCGGAGCGGAGGUCGCCGCACCAACAACAACAUUCGCAGCGUGCUGAUCAACAAGCGGCACAACAAGUACAAAAUCGCCCGGCCGCAAACCCAACUGGAGGUCAUUAACGAAUCGGAGAAGAGUGCGGGGAGCGGCAGUGAUGAGAACGACUCACUUUUGGUGGCCUAUGACAGCAGUUCGUCGCUGGCGUCGGUUUGACAUUGGCCGCCAUGUAAAUCGGGAACCGGAAAUGGAAAUGCAGCCAUUGGGGCCAGUGAUAGAAAUGUCAGGGGAAAGUGCCAUAACAGCAACUGCAACUGCAGCGGCAGCGAGAACAGAUCCGGAGGAAGCGGAAGUGAGACCGACGACGACGACGGCGAUCCUGACGAGGGCCAGCAUAUGGAACCUGGGCGGACGAAGGGUGGCCAAUGUCGUGGUCAGCCACGCCGACGUCCACUGCGACGCGUCUACUGCGCUGUGAAUCUAUCCAUAAUGGGCCUCCUGGUGGCCGUCGAGAUAUACGCACAGAUCGCCAUAUUCCUGUAGAUCUUCCAGGACAAAAAGGGUUCUUCCAAGGCCAAUCGAUCUAUUACUUUCAUUCCAAAGACCAUUAGGUAUUUUUUGUGAGCAAAAAAAAUUACAGCUUUAAAUGUAAAUAUAAAUAAAAUGUAAAAAAACAAAAAAGAUCUCUUUUGACUUCAGCUAAAGCUUCAUACUUACUCAUAACGCAACUUAAAUGCUAUUGAAUACUUAUAUAAUAAUCGCUGCCUGUGGGAUUUUGGAAACAUGAAACGAUUUUGAAUUUAAUUUGAAGUAUAGAAAAAUUUGAGUAUUUAAUAAAUUAUUUGAUCAAAUUUACAAUUCACAGAAAACUGUAUUUUGUUGAUUCCAACUGCUAUACAUAAUUUUCUUGCACUUGUAAAUACCUCAACAAAAAGGUCAAAGUUAUCAAUAAUUUCUGUUAUAAUAAGAACAAUAAUAGAAAUAACUCUAAGUGUAUACAAAAUAUAAAUAGGAAAUUUCCUACCCAACAAGAUAAGAAAUAGAAGAGCUCUCCAAGAGAUAAAAUAACAAUUUUUGUGUUUAUGAAAAACAGAUAAUUUCUCCAAUUAAGUUAAUAGAUAAAAGUCAUUUUAUUGCAAAACCAAAUUGAAAGCUUUAAAUUUAAUGAAAUAAAUCGCAUGUCUAUCCAAAACAAAUAAAAAAGCCCAACAAAAGUAACAGACACAAUAAAAAUAAAUUUAAUAAAAAGUAAAACAAUAAAAUAUAUGAUAUGCUUCAAAACUGAAUUUGUAUAUACUUUCAGCUAUCUCAAGUUGAUGUCGGUGACGUACAAAAAAACUAAGCAAAAUAAACCAUAUCUAUUAGUGUUGUAUAUAUAGUAAGUAAUCUUAAGUACAGUUGCGCCAAAAGAACACUAGACAGCCAGUUUAAAACUAACCAAUAAAUGUGAGUUGAUGUAUACCUUACGAUAAAUAAAUAAUAAACUUGAUAUUUGUGAAUGAAAAA